AUGGAUGUAAACCCUACGACCCUCAAUGAAGCGGUAACUGCCAGGAGUGAGCUGGCGGCUCGCGUCCUUACGGGGAUCUUGCUCACGCUGUUGAUCCUGUCUACCCUGUUCGGCAAUGCGUUGGUGUGUGCCGCCUUGGUCCGCUUUCGACACCUCCGCACGAAGGUCACCAAUAUCUUCAUAGUUUCGCUAGCGCUCUCCGACCUGCUGGUGGCCGUGCUGGUGAUGCCCUGGAAAGCGGUGACAGAAGUCGUCACUUACUGGCCGUUCGGGAGCAGAUUCUGCGAUGUCUGGGUGGCUUCGGACAUCAUGUGCUCGACAGCGUCCAUCCUGAACCUGUGUGUGAUCAGUGUGGACAGGUACUGGGCAAUCUCCAGCCCGUUCCUUUACCAGCGCAGAAUGACUCACAGGGCUGCCUUGGUGAUGAUCGCCGUGACAUGGGCGCUGUCGCUGCUCAUCUCCUUCCUCCCCGUGCAAUUCCACUGGCACAGCAGCCCAGCCGAGCAGUCGGCAGCGCCCAACAGCACCGAAAGCUGCGACUCCAGUCUCAACAGGACCUACGCGAUCUCCUCUUCCCUGGUCAGCUUCUACAUCCCCGUGGCCAUCAUGCUGGUCACUUACACGCGGAUCUACAGGAUCGCUCAGCUCCAAAUCCGGCGCAUCGCCUCGCUGGAGAGAGCGGCCGAACGUGCCCAGAACUGCUGCCGGAAUAAGCGACAGGCUCGGCAGCCGGCGCAGCAUCCCAGCGCGCUGAAGAGUUCCUUCAGGAAAGAGACCAAAGUCUUGAAGACGCUCUCCAUCAUCAUGGGGGUCUUUGUUUGCUGUUGGAUGCCUUUUUUCAUCCUGAACUGUAUGGUCCCUUUCUGCGACCGGCGCUCCCAGUCCACCGCCCCCGGGUUACCGUGUGUCAGCGAAACCACCUUUGACAUCUUCGUGUGGUUCGGCUGGACCAACUCCGCCCUCAACCCGGUUGUCUACGCUUUCAACGCCGAGUUCCGCAAAGCUUUCUCCAGCCUGCUGGGUUGCCGAGACUUCUGCGCCAACAACCAAGUGGAGACGGUGAACAUUAGCAACCAGCUUGUGUCCUACAACCAGGACACGGCCUUCCACAAGGAGAUGGUUACGGCCUAUGUCACCAUGAUUCCCAAUGUAAUGGACUGCAUGGAAGACAACCAGAUCUUUGACAGGGUGUCCCAGAUCUUGGCCACCAAUGAGUUAGCCACGGAUUCCGUUUCCGAAGUGGAGGGAGAUGCAGACUUGUCUUUAGAUAAAAUCACGCCUUUUACCUCGAAUGGUUUGCACUGA